AUGAAUAUCAUCAAAGCAUACAAGUCUUGUGCAGCUUGCAAGUAUCAAAGAAGAAAGUGUUCUAAAGAUUGUCCGUUAGCUCCUUAUUUUCCGGCCGAUAAGCCAAAAAUGUUCGCUAAUGCUCAUCGUUUGUUCGGUGUUUCUAAUAUAUUGACAAUACUACAAGAAGUUAAGGAUGAAGAUAAAGAUGAAGCAAUGAAAUCAAUUAUUUUUGAGUCGGAUAUUCGUGCAAGAUUUCGGACUCAUGGAUGUCUCGGUGUUAUUAAAAUGUACGAAACUGCAUUAAAGGAGUGUAUUAAAGAGUUAGAUGAUGUAGAAAGGUUAUUAGAUUAUUGUAAGCUAAAUUGUAAUUCCGAACCUUCUACUAGUUCUCAAAUUCCAAUAUUUAAUAAUAUUGGUGAUGCUCCUAAUUAUUAUCACAAUAAUAUUAGUGAUAUCAUCCCUCCUAGUGAGGGUGACUACUAUGCCAUGGAAGACAAUCCUAAUUUGAUAGUAACAAAAGGAUUAUCCAAUAAUGAAGAAUUAGUCCUUGAUCAAGGUGUUGAUGCACAAAUCAUUACAAAUUUUAAUUUGGUGGAAGAUAAAGUAUUUUCAGAUUAUAGUGGUGGUGACUAUGCCAUGGAAGAAUUAGUCCUUGAUAGAGGUGUUGAUACAAAAAUUCAUACAACUUUUGAUUUGGGGGAAGAGGAAAUUUUUUCAGAUACUUAUAAUAUUGAUGAUCUUAUUUACUUUGGACAACCAUUUGAAGAAAAGGAUGCAUCUCAAUUCAGCAGGUGA